ACAACCACAUCCUUGUUUGAUUAGAGUGUUGACAUACAGGAAGUUAUUUUGGGGGAUUUUAUUAGUAUUCCCAUUGGCUGUUACAAAAGCAUCGGCUACUCUCCCUGGGGUCCACACAAAAAAGAAACAUUGCAUAAUACAGAACAUAGACAAGAGAUGCUCAAGGACAGAACUAAAUGAAUUUUAAAAAUGGCACACACAGCCUACAUGUCAAUACAUACACAAAAUAUCUAGGUCAAGAUAGGGGAGAGGCGUUGGUCCGUGAGGUGUUGCUUUAUCAGUUCCUGGGAAACCAGGUUUGCUGUUCAUUAGAGUAAUAUGAGAUGGAAGGGAGUUCCAUGCAAUAACUGCUCUAUGUAAUACUGUACGCUCUCUUGAUUUUGUUCUGGAUUUGGGGACUGUGAAAGACCCCUGGUGGCAUGUCUGGUGGGGUAAGUGUAUGUGUUAGAAAUGUAUGUAAGUUGACUAUGUCAACUAAUUGGAAUUUUCAACACAUUGUUUCUUCUUAAAAGAAGAAGUGAUGCAGUCUGUCUCUCCUCAACUAUAUUAGCCAAGAGAGACUGGCAUUCAUAGUAUUUAAAUUAGCCCUCUGAUUACAGUAUAGAGCAAGAGGUGUCACUCUGUUUUUGGCCAACUGCAGCUUAACUAGGUUUUUCUUCUUCACAGCACUUGACCACAUAAUUGGACAAUAAUCAAGACAAAACUAGAGCCUGCAGAACUUUUUGGAGUGUUGUGUGAAAAAAGCAGAGCAUCUCUUUAGUAUGAACAUACUGUCCCUCUCCCAAUCUUUACAACCAUUAAAUCUAUGUGUUUUGACCAUGACAUGUUCUAAUCUAAGGUAAAUCAAAUCAAAUCAAAUUUAUUUAUAUAGCCCUUCGUACAUCAGCUGAUAUCUCAAAGUGCUGUACAGAAACCCAGCCUAAAACCCCAAACAGCAAGCAAUGCAGGUGUAGAAGCACGGUGGCUGGGAAAAACUCCCUAGAAAGGCCAAAACCUAGGAAGAAACCUAGAGAGGAACCAGGCUAUGUGGGGUGGCCAGUCCUCUUCUGGCUGUGCCGGGUGGAGAUUAUAACAGAACAUGGCCAAGAUGUUCAAAUGUUCAUAAAUGACCAGCAUGGUCGAAUAAUAACAAGGCAGAACAGUUGAAACUGGAGCAGCAGCACAGUCAAGUGGACCGGGGACAGCAAGGAGUCAUCAUGUCAGGUAGUCCUGGGGCACGGUCCUAGGGCUCAGGUCCUCCGAGAGAGAGAAAGAAAGAAAGAGAGAAUUAGAGAGAGCAUAUGUGGGGUGGCCCGUCCUCUUCUGACCAGCAUGGUCGAAUAAUAGUAAGGCAGAACAGUUGAAACUGGAGCAGCAGCAUGGCCAGGUGGACUGGGGACAGCAAGGAGUCAUCAUGUCAGGUAGUCCUGGGGCAUGGUAACACCAAGUAAUUUAGUCUCCUCAACUUGUUUGACAGCCAGACCAUUCAUUACCAGAUUCAGCUGAGGUCUAGAACUUAGGGAAUGAUUUGUACCAAAUACAAUGCUCUUAGUUUUAGAGAUGUUCCGUUCCAGUUUAUUACUUGCCACCCAUUCCAAAACUCUUUGUUUUCAUUGGGUUUCAAGGGUUUCAAGGGUUUCAUUGACUUCAUUAGCUGUGAUUGCUGACACAUAUAUGGUUGAAUCAUCAGCAUACAUGUGCACGCAGGCUUUGUUUAAUGCCAGUGGCAGGUCAUUGGUAAAAAAAAAAAUAGAAAAGAGUAGAGGGCCUAGAGAGCUGCCCUGCAGUACACCACACCCUGUGUGUUUGACAGAGGCUUCAAUUAAAGAAAACCCUAUGAGUUCUAUGAGAUAGAUAGUUCUGAAUCCACAAUAUGGCAGAGGUUGAAAAGCCAUUAAACAUAUGUUUUCUCAACAACAGGUUAUGGUGAAUAAUGUCAAAGGCUGCACUGACAUCUAACAGUUCAGCUUCCACAAUCUUCAAAUUAUCCAUUUCUUUCAAACAAAUCAUCAGUGAUUUAUGUUAAUGCAGUACAUGUUGAGUACCCUUCUCUAUAACCGUGCUGAAAGUCUGUUGUCAAUUUGUUUACAGAUAAAUAGUAUUGUAUUUGGUCAAACACCAUCUUUUCCAAAGAGCUGUGUUGUAUAAAAUCCGAUCCAAAGAUUAUGGCAGGGACUAUUUCAUGAUAUAAUAGAAACAUAUUUAAUUCAAGCAGCUGCUUUAAUUUCACAUUAAAUAUUUUUCUAUUAUAUCAUUAUAUAGCCCCUGCCUUAAUCUUUGGAACAUAUUUUCCACACAAUUUGGUACCAGGACCCGGAUGAGAGCGUCCUGACUUGUUGAUCUGUUUCCUUCGGCUUGGAAUCAGACAUCGUCUGGCCACAGCUUAAAAAGGUAAGAUACCUUAUUAAAAAAUCUCUGUGAGGGACUGUCUUUUUUCCAGCCGAGUCUUAAUGGUGAUCUCUUGUCCUCCUCAUACACAACAUUUUGCAGUUCAAGUUUUCAGAACUGUUUUUCCUAUAAUAAUUAAUCGGGACAGAUAAUAUUGAUCAAUAGUGGGUAUUCAGAGUUUGACCACACUUUAAAGUAUUCUGAGUUUGACUAUACUUUAAAAGCCAACAUAAUCACGUGAUAGCCUACAGGAAAAGUAUUCAGAGUUUGACUGUACUUUAAAGUAGGUCAAAAAGCAUUCAGAGUUUGACCGUAAAAAAAAGGAAAGUAGUUCGGAGUUUGACGAAAUAAUUUUUAUUUUAUUUUUUAAAGCAAUGUAUUCUGAGUUUGACCGUACUUUAAGGAUAGCAUAGCCGGCUGGUAGAAAAGUAUUGCGAGUUUGUAUGUGUGGUAUGUGGGUAUAAUGAGUUACUAGAGAUUUGAUAAAGUAGCAAUAAAAACAAAACUGAGAAAACAUUUUUUCUUUAAAUAUACAACCUGCGCACCCGUAAGUGAGUGGUGUAAAAAGUGUUCUGAGAGAUGUUCAGUGAUCCCCUUACGGAUCAUCUUAUAAUUAUAAGGUUUAAGCCUUUGGCGUCGGCUAAUGGGGAUCCUAAUAAAUCUAAUCAAAAUCAUGGCGGCAGGGUAGCCUAGUGGUUAGAGUGUAGAGGCAGCAGGGUAGCCUAGUGGUUAGAGCGUUGGACUAGUAACCGGAAGGUUGCAAGUUCAAACCCCCGAGCUGACAAGGUACAAAUCUGUCGUUCUGCCCCUGAACAGCCAGUUAACCCACUGUUCCUAGGCCAGUUAACCCACUGUUCCUAGGCCAUCAUUGAAAAUAAGAAUUUGUUCUUUAAAGGACUUGCCUAGUUAAAUAAAGAAAAAGAAAAAAAACACAGAAAUAUAUAUCUUCUGUAUUACAGGAAUGGGCGAAUACCUCUUGGUUGUAAAAUAUACUUUAUAUAUUGCUUAUGAUUGGUUGUAUAGCUGUACCUUAGGACCAGUGAAGUUAGUUGACAUCCAAUUAAAUGUGUGCCAUUAUCAGAACCUAUGGUGUGAUUAAGCUACAAAGACUUCUACAAGGCCAGUUUAUCUCACAUAGGCACAGAUGUAUUGAACUCAAAAAAAAUUAAAUGGCUGAGUGGUUACUGCAGGUGUUAAAAAAACAACUCUGUUGUGUUCCUGUGACCGAUAUCAUGAGACUGUGAUUAGAGACCGCGUGUGCGUCCCUUUUCCCACUAUCGUGCCGCCGACCCAAGACAAACUGUACUAGCUAGCUCAGAUGUUUUCCAGCACGGUUCAGUUUGGCCCAGCUUGACUCAGUAGUGUGAAAAGGGGCUGUGGUCUCACAGUGUGUGUGUGUCUGCAUUAUAAGUCAAUCACUCAGUUUGGUUCGAGCUCUGUAUGUGCAGGACAUUUGGUUAACUAGUACCAUCCGACAGGGCACAGUAUGGGACAACCAUGGAGAUUCAUUCCUACAUCAGGUUUCUUUCUAUUGGCAGUAUAUUUAUGCCAGUGCGAUUUGACCUGUAAAGAGGGCCACAGCGGUCCAACCUACGAGUCGAUGCAGACUGUGUUUGACCGCAUAUCCUUCAGACCGGCAGUCAACCUGAGCAAUCCCACCAUAACAAACAUCUCCUUCACCCUGUAUGCUGUCCUGGGCGUGAAUGAGAAGACCCAGAUCCUCACUACCUUCCUGUGGUUGAGAUUGUACUGGCACCAUCAGUUCCUGGUUUGGGACUCUGAUGCUUGUGGCGGAGUCACCAGGAUUUCUCUGCCAGUCAAAGAGCUCUGGGUGCCUGACAUCAUCGUGUAUGAGUUUGUGGACGACGACGUGUCACAGCAAUGCCCCUACGUCUACGUCAACCACACAGGACACAUCCGCUGGGACAGGAUGCUGCGCCUCGUCAGCGCCUGCAACCUGGAAAUCUUCAGCUUCCCCUUCGAUGUGCAGAACUGCUCGUUUACCUUCGGCUCCUACAUGCACACCAUAAAGGAUGUGAGGUUGACUCCAGCCCUGUCCUUUGAGGAGAUGUCGGGGAACUCGAAACAGUACCUGGAGGCUAGUGGGGAGUGGGAGCUGGUCAACAUCUAUGGAGAGGCGUCUGUCCUCAAGUUUGGCAUCGACGAAUGGGACAUCAUCACUUUCUGGGUGGUGAUAAAGCGCAGGCCAGUGCUCUACGUGGUCAACCUGCUCAUCCCCAGUUCCUUCCUCAUGCUCAUCGACAUCCUCUCCUUCUACCUGCCCCCUCACAGCGUGGACCGCGCCUCCUUCAAGAUGACCCUAAUUUUGGGCUACACCGUCUUCCUGCUCAUCAUGAACGACCUGCUGCCCAGCACGGCCAACGGCACCCCCCUCAUAGGAAUUUACUUUUCAGUGUGUCUGGCUCUCAUGGUCAUCAGCCUGUUGGAGACAGUCGUCAUCACUAAUGUGCUCCAUUCCAACUCCAAGAAGUACCGCGAGGUGCCCCACUGGGUCCGCGUGGUCAUCCUGAAGCACAUCGCCCGUAUGAUCUGCUACCAGUGGCCCGAGGAGCUUGUUCAACCCUCAGCCUCCAGAGGAUCCACCCAGGAUGACAAGACAGACAGACCAAACCCCAGAAGCCCUCCCUGGGUCCUUGCACCAGCCAACCCUGUGCACAUCCCUGCCCAGCACACUACAAGCACCAUUGGUCCUGGGGUGGUGUCCUCUGUGCCUGAGCUGGGUCAGAUCUGCCAGGACCUGAGUGACUUGCGUGCCCACCUAACGUCGAUGCAGAAGGAGGGCGUGCUUCAGGAACAAUGGUGCCACGUAGGCUACGUGCUGGACUUCCUGCUCUUCCGUAUCUACCUCCUCCUCAUCUCCUGCUACGCCAUGGUCAUUAUCUGUAUGUGGUGCAUCUGGAUCAACCAAUGA